AUGACUCGAGGCGAUCAAGCUUACCUCGAGGGCUGCAAAGAUGAACACAUGCCAGUUCCCCCAUUCGAUCGUUACAUUUACGUACUCCCAAACUACGUUGUCAAAAAGCCACUGUCCAUAGGUGAAACUGGGUAUCAGGGCUAUCAGCCUGACGUUAGAACCGUCUUUCAGCGUGACGAGAACGAGAUUGAGGCUAUGAAACUAGUCCAGGAGUACACGAAUAUCCCCAUCCCAAGGGUCAUUCAUCGUGGUGAAGGUUUUAAUGUCUUCGAGCGUAUUCAAGGCAUUACUGUCAACGAGAAGUCCAUUCGGGAUAGCGUGAAUCCUCGCCAGCGGGAGGCGAUCCGUCUCCAGGUUCAAGGUUUCAUACAACAACUUGCAGCUAUACCGAACCCCACAGGCGAGGUCAGAUCGCUCAUCCCAUCCGGUCAAAUCUUUCACCUUCAAUUUCACAAUCGCGGACCUUUCAAAAUCACCCAGGACUUUAUUGAGGCGUAG